GCUGGUCGCCAUUUUGUUUCGUGGACGAACUGGAAAUAGAAACUGCGAUUAUUUGUUUGUGAACGUGCGGAGUAUCGAUCAAAAUAAGAAAUACCAAUUCGGCGUUUGCUGGAGAAGAGAACAUUCACAAUGACGGCCCACGAUCAGAUGAGGGCCAUGCUAGACCAACUGAUGGGUACAGGACGGAACGGAGAAAAUAACAAGUUCCACGUUAAAUUCAACGAUCCGAGGGUGUGCAAGUCGUUUUUGCUGGCCUGCUGUCCGCACGAGAUCCUCUCAUCUACGCGCAUGGACUUAGGUGAAUGCCCGAAAAUUCACGAUUUGGCUUUACGAGCUGAUUUCGAGAAGGCCCAGAGGAGCAAAGACUACUUCUACGACCUAGACGCGAUGGAGCACCUUCAGGCGUUUAUAGGGGACUGCGACAGACGAACGGAGGCGGCGAAACAACGACUGGCCGAAACGCAGGAGGAACUUUCGGCCGAAGUGGCCGUAAAGGCGAACAGCGUGCACGAAUUGGCCGAGCAAAUCGGCCAGAAACUGGCCAAGGCCGAGCAACUGGGCGAGGAGGGUUUCGUCGACGAGAGCAUGAAGCUCAUGGAAGAGGUGGAUGAGUUGCGUAAGAAGAAACUGGAAGCGGAACAGGAGUACAGGAAUUCGAUGCCUGCUAGCAGCUAUCAACAGCAGAAGUUGAGGGUGUGCGAGGUGUGCUCGGCGUAUUUGGGCAUACACGAUAACGACAGGCGUUUGGCCGAUCACUUUGGCGGGAAAUUGCACCUUGGAUUCAUCAAAAUUAGAGAGAAAUUGGCCGAAUUGGAGAAAAAUUCGGAGAAGAGGAAAGAGGAAAAGAAAAAGACGACGGGUAAGGAUAGAGACCGCGACGAGAGGGAGGAUCGCUACGAAAGGCGCUACCGCGAACAUUACGUUGGCGGUAGGGAAUUGGAUAGGAGAUCGAAGAGGCAUCGGUCGAGGUCGAAAGAUCGCAAAGACAGGGACCGUAAAGAUAAAGAUAAGAAGGACGAGAGCAGAAGUAGUCGCUACAGGUCUAGAUCGAGAAGUAGAGACCGUGAGCGUAGAUCUCACUCGCGUCAUUCGAGUUCUAGUGACAAAAAGAAGGAAAGGGAACGAGAUUAACCUGAUUUUCGUUUUUGAUUCAUAAUGAAUCCUUUGUUUUAGAGGCAAUUGAAUAGAUAAAUAUCUAUGUAUUACAAUUAUAGUUCAACAUUUAAUGUAAAUUAAACAUGGUCUUGUAACUACCUGGAAAUUUUGUUAUAUUGUGAGUUAUCAAUUAUAUUUAAGUAUACAAAAAUAAAUAUUACCAUCGCUGAUUCGGUUUGUUUUUAAUCCAAAACUGAAGUUCUAUGUAAAAAGUUUAUUCUGUCUAGUUUAAUGCUAUAUUAGAGUCAUUCCUAUCCUGUUUGAUUUGUGAUCUUUCUCUUUUAAUCAUUAAUCUUUUCUUAGAGGCCAUUUCUAAUCGCCUGCGAGCGCGCUCUUCGCUUUCCGGAGACGGUUCUGGCUUGACUACCAGUGCACUUCGGAUAGCUUUACGAAUUUUCUCUAAACAAUCGGCCAGGUUUAAUUGUUGGGAUCUCGUUAUGUCCGAUUUGAAGAGUAAGUACCCG